GGGGAGGUGCCCCGCCGCCCCGCUCUUCGUGUCACCGCCCGUGUUGCCGUGCUGUGAGAGGCCGGUGGUGCUGCCGAGGAAACGCGACGCCUGGGAUCGUCGGCAACGACAGCCGUCGGAGGCGACGCACGUGCCGGCGCGAGCGAGCCGGCCCACCGGCUGUCGAAUGCCGCGCGAGAACUGGAUGGCCUACUUCCGAUCUUCGUGCUCACCCGAAUUCCGCGGGCAAUCGAAGCGUGAGAUGCGGCGAUCGCGCGCGGCCCUGAUCUGAGCAGCCCGGCAUCACAGAAAUCGAUGACGAUGACCUGCGAGAUCCCGGUGUGGGUGAACGGCGUGGAGAAGUGGGUGACGGGCGUGGGUCGGCGCACCACCUGCGGCGACCUGGUGCGCGCCCUGCUCACCACCGAGCGCCGUCUGCAGGCGCCGCCGCACGACUCCGAGCUCCGCGCCUUUGCCAUCGUCGAGCGCUGGCGCCAGGUGGAGCGGCCGCUGGACGCCGGCGCGCGCAUCCAGAAGGUGUGGCGCACCUGGGGGGAGGAUACGGCCGAAGUGCGCUUCACGCUCAAGCGGCUCAGCCCGCUGACGCCGAAGGAGGUGAAGACGCCGAGGCGGCGGCACUCGCGCCACCGGUGGCGCAGCUCCAGCAGCCUGGAGGCGGUGCACCCGCGCAAGCUGGCGCCGACCGCCGACGAUGAGGGUGCGGCGCGCGCAGACGUGGUCGAGCGGCUCAUGCAGACAAUCCUGGUACAGGGCGAGACGAUCGCAGCGCAGUUGCGCCGGCUGCACGAGCGCGAGGACCUGAUCGGCUACUACGAGCACAAGAUGCACCGCAUGCGCGAGGACGAGCUCGGGUCCGACUACCUGCUCCGCACGUACCUCCGCGACGGGGAGCCGGCCGAGGCAGAGAAGGCAAGUCACGACAGCGGCGUGGGCGCCGAGCUGGGCGCCGACGCCGGCGACGCGCCGCGCGACGUCAGCGAAGAGGAGGCCGUGUCCGACCUGCGCCAGACGCUGCACUACCUCGAACGUAUCGUCGAGCUCAACCGGCGCAUCGCCGAGCAAGAGGAGGCGGCGCUGCGGCCUGAGCUCGCUACACAGCAGCAGUGA